GAGUUGUAAAACUGGCGCUCCAUCCGUUCCCGUAUUAUACAGAGCUGGAGAGCUGCCGAACAGGGCCUUAGCCACAACCAUAUACUCCCUCUCUAAACAAAUAUAAGAAGGUUUAGGUUUGAAUCACUACUUUACAGAGGGAGUACUACUAAUAGAGCCAUAUGAAACCCACGAGUUACAAUAUUGUAGCACUUCCCUUAGCUUCCGUCUCCUCUUUUCCUGCCCACGCUAGCUGCACCAUGAACGAUGAGAUGGUUGACGUUACGAGUUCGAGCGCCGAAGGCGAUCUGCAGCAGUGGGCGACUGGGUGGGGUAUUGGGCGCGAGGCGGCCAAGCUUAACCAUGUCCGGCGACACCUCAAUUCGGUGCUCACCGAGGCGGAGGGGAAGGAGAUCCAUAACGCGCAGCUGGCGCGAUCUCUCAAGGAAGCCCGUCAUAUGGCUUCGCACGGCGAGGACCUCUGGAGCGGGCUGGACUACUACCGCAUCCAGGAACACCACCACGACGGCGCGGAAGGUCGUCGGGUGGAUGGAUGGCAUGGGGGAGAAGAGCCUCAAGAUCUCUUGGCUGAGGAAGGUGGGGAAUCGGGGACCGCAGUUGUCCACGACAUGCAACAGGUUGCCAAAGACACCACAGAAGAACAUUCAUCUUCAGCACUGGCUGCUCUUCAAAUUGUGCCCUAUGCCAAUGUUUCCAACCCAAUAGUCCCGUCCACCAGCAGCAACACUCGCCCGGAAUGGCAUCUUGGCGUAUCACGUGAGAUAGAUGAACACGUUAAGGCCUGCAUCAGGAUGACCAGCAAUCUGCAAGAGGCCCUUGUGUUAGAACAUCUGGAUGACCGUUAUGUUAUUGCGCAGAGCACAGGGGCGACUGAUCCUCGGGAGACGUCAUCUUGUCCCACCAAACCCAAAGUUUAUGGUAGGGACCAAGAUCGGGACCUUGUAAUAAGUAAGUUAACAAGCAAGGAAUCUGCUGCUGAGAAAAACCUCUCCGUCCUUGCCAUAAUCGGUUACGGAGGAAUUGGGAAGACUACCCUGGCUAAUGUGGUUUUCAAUGACUCUGCUGUGUCAAAUCAUUUUGACGCGCGGUUAUGGGUCUAUGUUUCUGGCUAUUUUGACCAAGCUAAGAUUAUGCACAGAAUGCUCGAGUCCUUGACUGGGGACGACAGGCAUGAAAACAUCAAGGGUUUGAAGGAGCUGCAGGGCACCCUUGAAUCUGCACUGAAAUCAAAAAGGGUGCUACUUGUGUUGGAUGACAUGUGGGAAGAUAGGCAACAGCAAAAAUGGGAUGAGCUGCUAACUCCACUGCUUUCCAGUGAUGUUCCGGGGAAUAAAAUUCUCGUGACAACUCGAAAGCCAUCUGUUGCAAAAUUGAUUAAAGCUACAGAUCAGAUUAGUCUGAAUGGUAUAAAUGAAGACGACUUCUGGGAUUUUUUUAAAGAAUGUGCCUUUGGAGAUGAGAACUACAAAGUUGAACCAAGGCUGAAGAAAAUUGGAAAGGACAUACUUGUCCAGUUAAAAGGUAAUCCUUUAGCAGCAAAAAGUGUUGCCAAAUUAUUGAGAAAGAAUCAUACUGUUGAUUUCUGGAGGAGAAUUCUGAAAGAUAGUGAAUGGAAACAACAAGCAGAUGACUACGAUAUCAUGCCGGCCCUGAUGAUCAGCUACAAAUAUUUACCGGUGCACCUCCAGCGGUGCUUCUCAUACUGUGCUGUUUUCCCAAAGUAUUAUAAGUAUGAGAAAGAAUGUUUGGUCAAUAUGUGGAUAGCCCAAGGUUUGAUAUGUUCCACUGACAACAUGCAUAAACGAACGGAGGACAUUGGAAUUGAAUUUUUCAGUGACCUAGUUGAAUGGGGAUUUCUUCAAAAGGAAUUUGAACUUAUGACCACACAUAUCAUGCAUGAUCUCAUUCAUGAUUUGGCACAGAAGGUUUCAUCUCAUGAAACCUUCACCAUAGGGGACACUGAGUCUAGAAAGGCACCACAGCUUGUUCGUCAUGUCAGUAUAAUUGCUGAGUGGGUGUAUAAGACAGAAAUAGAUGGCACCGUGCAUCCUAAUGAGACUUUCCUCCGUGGAUUUUUUAAAUCAUUUGGUGAGCUGCAACAAACUAGUAGUAACUUGAGCACAUUGUUGCUGUUUGGUCCACAUGACUUUGAAUUUGCACACUCAUUCCGCCAAGAAUUCACUGAGGUGAAGUCAGUCCGUGUGUUGAAAUUAGACAUGGUGCUCUCUGAUCUGGAUUUAAUGAUCGGAAACAUUUCCUCAUUUAUUAAUCUUCGCUAUCUGGAGUUGGGCUGCUUUUAUAAGGGCCCCAGGUUGGAACUGCCAGAGGCUAUAUGUGUGCUUUAUCAUUUGGAAGUACUUGAUAUAAAGAAAAACUGGGGAAAUAGCACAGUUUUACCAAGAGACAUGAACAAGUUUGUUAAGUUACGCCAUUUUAUUGCCAGGGAUGAGUUGCAUGCAAAAAUAGCGGGUGUUGGGGAGAUGGUUUCCCUUCAAGAGCUCAAGGCAUUUGAUGUCCGAAAGGCAAGUGAGUUCAGCAUAAUGCAGUUCAGAAGAUUGAAUCAGCUCAGAGGAUCAAUUAGGAUUUGCAAUCUUGGUGAUGUAGGAAGCAAAGACGAGGCCAUCAACGCAAGAAUCUCUGAGAAGGUCCACCUCACUGGUUUGCAUUUAUCGUGGAACACUGUGUCUGAGGAUAGAGUUCAUACUGAAAGUAAUGUUGAUAUCCUCGAGGAUCUGAAACCACAUGCCGGACUUAUAGAUCUGGGAAUCAUAGCAUACCGUCAUCCUGUACCUUCAUGGCUCAGCAACAAUAUUCACCUCACCUCAUUGCGGUCACUUCAUCUGGAUAGCUGCUCUUACUGGAAAACGAUUCCAACACCCCACCAAUUGCCUCUGCUCCGUGAGUUGAGGUUGAGUAAUAUGGUUCGUGUUUCCAAAAUAGAGAUUGGCUGUUUGGAGAUAUUGGAACUACACACUUUGCACCGUUUAACACAGUGCAUAGUUUUGGACAAGGAGCAGUUAUCUGUGAAUCUGCGAGUUCUUGAGAUAGAUGACUGCAUUAGAUUGAAGGAAUUCCCCUUGCUGUCUAUCUCUAAAGAUACGCUAAUAAGUGAUUGUCAGUUUACUCAUCUUCACAGGCUUUGGGUUCGCGGUUGCUUUGUUCACAUGAGCAUCUCACAACUUCUGCACAUGGAUUCUUUAUUGUAUAUAGAUUUGUUCUUGAGGCCAAGUUUGGAGCAAUUUCGACUUGUACCGAUUGGCCAAUCAGAUGGGCUGCGCAUGGAAAUCAAAGGAACUGCGGAAGUUAAGAGCAAAGAUGAAAAAUUGUUCCCAUUCAACAAACUCAGGGACUUGGAGGAGCUUGAAAUAACAGAUUAUCCAGGUCUGAUGUGCCUGCCAUGGGAAGGCCUUCAAAAGUUGGCAUCAUUGAAAAAAUUUAAGAUGAGUAACUUCGGCAAACUAUUUUCUUGCAUAUCUGGGCUCUAUCUGCCUCCAUCAGUCCAAGAACUUGAGUUUAAUCGGUGCAACAUCACAAUGAAACAACUGUCGCAUGUCCUGCUGAGCCUUCCGUUGCUCAAGAAAUUCAGUUUAACUAGUUGUGAAGAGGUGACAUCUUUACCUAUAGGUCUGUUUACAGAUGAACACAACCAAACAGUGGAAGGCUCCUGGCAUAUCCCUCCCAGCUUCUUGGCGACUCUGGAAAGCUUGGAGAUCUCAUUCAGAAUGAGAGCGCAUGCCAAAGAAAGCUCAGUGAUGCAAUUUUGGAGCAAGCAAUGCUUGGGGAAGUUCACCUCUCUUAAGAAAGUUGUCAUUGAAUAUUGCCCUGCUCUCCUAUCUACUGUGAUUUCAGGAGGAAUGUCCCAUAUACCUCCAUCUUCUCUGGCAACACUCCGUGUGGAUUGCAUCACAGACCGCCGUCUGCAAUUAUCAGAACUCUCUUCCCUCACCGAUUUACAUGUCAUUGAUUGCUCAUCUUUGACAUGUGUCAACUUGGAUGGUUGCACUGCAUUACGAGAGCUGUAUAUUUCAGGAUGCGGCAUGUUAUCAUCGCUUGAAGGUAUGCAGUCAUGUGAGGCAUUGCGGCAGUUUAGCAUCUAUGAUUGCAAGGCGCUUCGUUCGCUCAGAGUAUCGCUCGGCAGCCUCGCAACACUGAGCAUAGAGAGCAAUCCCAAUUUGGCAUAUGUAGACCUGAAUUCUUGUACGGCGCUGCAGAAACUGUGCAUCAAAGGCUGCGCUACAACAGCGUCGUGGGAUGGUCUUAAAUCCCUUGGUGCUCUCGGGGACUUGAAAGUUGAAAAUUCUCCAGGCUUCACAAGGUCAUGGCAAUUAGCAUCGGCAGAAGUUGAGAGCAAGCAUAGCAGCUACUUCCCGCGAAGACUGCAAGUGCUUGAUAUUGAUGACAUUGGUGUCCUAUGUGUGCCCAUUUGCAGUCAGUUAACCUCUCUGAAGACACUCACCAUUCAUGGAUCUAUUUAUUGUCGGCGUGACUAUGGGGACGCUUUGACGGAUGACCAUGAGAGAGCACUGCUACUUGUCACCUCCUUGAGAGACCUCGAAUUUGAUCAGUUUAAGCAUCUCCGGUCACUGCCUGCAGGGCUUGAAUGCCUUACAACGCUGCAGAGGCUAACUGUUAGCAGAUGUGAACUUAUCACGUCCCUACCAGCGGGGGGUAUCCCGGCAUCGCUCAGGGACAUGGAAAUCCAUGGUUGCAGCGAAGAGCUAACUGCACAAUGCCGAGCAAUGUGCAGAGAUCGAAAGAUAUAUUUUGGCGUUGGUGCUUAUACCGUUGGCUCGAUAGAAACAGAUUAGCCUGAGUAUCUGUAUGUAUCAAGAUGCUGCCAUAUAUAGCUCCACUUUCUGGCUCCAAAUCUGGUUUGAUCCUUGAGAGCUUCAGAAUCAAUCAGGAUGUAACCGGUUCUUGCUGCUACAAUCUUAAUUGCCAAGAGUAUUGAGAGAAGAGAACCUGUGUGUAUUAAAUGCAUGUACAUCAGGGUUCAGGUUCGAAACGACGGAUGAAGAGAUUUGCUAGAUUUAUCCUAUCCAGGUGAAGGGAUUUUGAGCACACUUAACAAAUUCCAAUUUACGGAUUCGCCGAUAGAAAUGAUCAGGCUGUUUUUUAGGGACUUGAAGAAAAAGACUGGAGAGCUGGAGGGAUUUAAAUCAUUUGUUUUUAUCUUAUGAUGAUGCAGUUCACA